UUGGACGGUUCACAGGUCGUCGAUCGAAAGGAUUAGCAGUGCACUCGACCAGGACAAUCCCGCAGACUCUGAUCCUCUCCAGCAUGGAGCAAGUGCCUCUGCAACGCGGCGCAUGCGUCGUGGCAGUUCUGGUGCUGCUAUGGAGCGGCGGCUUGGCCCAGUUGCAGGUCCAGGCGCAAAGUGGCUACAACUACGGGCGACCCGAGGUGGCCAGUGUGGGCGGAGCCACCGCCGGAGGUCGACUGGCCCCCGGUCCGUAUCCCACGUCGGCGGCCAUUGCCCUCACCCCCGCCCCGGCCCCCACUGCGUACGGAGCGGGACUGUUUCCCUCGCCCGCAGUCGGAUUCACGCCCAGUGGCCAGGCGACCACUGCCUUUGGGGCUCCGGCCAUUGUGGGGGCCAGCAGCCCGGUGGGGCAGCCGCGGAGGCCUUCGCCCGGCGGAAUAGCCACCCCUCCGUCCCGCAGCGGACCCUACGGACCGCAGACGCCGCCGUACGGGAGCACUGGGGCAGGCGGCUCCGCCAUUCGGGUUCCGAGUGGCGCCGCGGACAGCGGCGACUACAGCGACUCCGAGGGCGACUACUCGGCCAUCCCGGGUGUGGCCGGGGUGGACUACCCCGUGUACGGCCAGGUGCCGCGCACCAACUUCGACUGCUCCCAACAGCCCCUGCCCGGGUACUACGCGGACAUCGAGGCCCAGUGCCAGGUGUUCCACAUCUGCGCCCUCAACCGCACCUACUCCUUCCUGUGUCCCAACGGCACCGUCUUCAGCCAGGAGACGCUGGUCUGCGUGUGGUGGAACCAGUACGACUGCGUGUCGGCGCCCAGCCUGUACGCGAACAACGCCUACAUCUACGACUACUCCGGCGGAGGUAGUGGCCAGACCGCUCUGGGCCAGUCCAGUGCCAGCAAUGCCUAUCGUCCGGCCGCAGCUUCCACGACUGCCUUUGGAGCCCCUGUGGCCACGUCCGGAACCCUUCGGGCCACCGCAGUGCCCCAGGCGGCGGGCUACAGCUCCGGCCGGGGCUCCUAUCCCUCGGCCACGCCCACACCAGCCGUCCAGAGCCAGGGCCCGUAUGGCGCCGGAGCCGUUCUUCGGCCCGCCAUCGUCCCGAGCUCCGGAGUCAACCGAUUGCCGCCGAGCGGAGCUGCCGUCGGACUCCUGGCCACCGCUGCCGGCGCUCUUCCCGAGAACGCGGUGCCCGGCUUCGGCCAGCAGCCGCAGGCCCAGCUGGUGGCCGGCGGAAACCGAGAGUAUCUGCCGCCGGCCGGCGUUGGACAGCAAAGGCAGCGCGGAGGUCCCACCGCAUAGUUAUCGAGACACUGGCGAUCCCCUGGCACUUGUACCCGGUUAUAUGGCAUUAGACUUAGUGACCCUAGGCUUAGCCUCCUUUUAGAAUGUUUGGAGCUCCAAACAUAGAUCUUUACGAAUAGUUUUAAAACCCAUUCAUUGAAAUAUACUACAAGAACUCGUU